AUGAAACUAAACAUUACUCCUCAGGCCGCAUUGGUCUCAGGAUUGACUCUAUCAUCCACUCUAGUUAAUGGGUUAUCUUUCCAACAUCCCUUUGCGUUUGAUCAAGAUCUAUUAAACAUUGCUAUCAAAACAUUGGGGUUUGAUAGAAAUGAAAUUCUUGGUUCAUUAUCACAAGAUAUCAAGUCCGCUUGGGAAGAUUUACCAAGAUUGUUCCCUAAGCAAGUAGCUGAAUUACAAUACUUCACUAAGCCCAAAUUCCCACAAAAAAUCAAUAAAAAAAGUCAUUGGGAUUUUGUUGUUCAAAAUGAUCAAAUCACAGAUUAUCAAUUGCGUAUUAAUAAGAUUAAAGACCCUAAAUUGCUAGGUGUCGAUCCUGACGUCAAGCAAUACACUGGUUAUUUGGACGUUAAAGAAGAUGACAAGCAUUUCUUCUUUUGGUUCUUCGAAAGUAGAAAUGCACCAAAGAAUGAUCCAAUUAUUUUAUGGUUAAAUGGUGGUCCAGGUUGCUCUUCCAUGACUGGACUUUUCUUCGAAUUAGGUCCAUCUUCUAUCGGUAAUAAAAUUAAGCCAAUUUACAAUAACCAUUCCUGGAAUUCGAACGCUUCAGUGAUCUUCUUAGAUCAACCUGUUAAUGUUGGGUUUUCAUAUUCUGGAGGCUCUGGUGUUUCUAACACUGUUGCUGCAGGUAAAGAUGUUUACUCUUUCUUACAAUUAUUUUUUGAACAAUUCCCUGAAUACGCUUCAGGUCAAGACUUCCACAUUGCUGGUGAAUCAUAUGCUGGUCAUUACAUACCUGUCUUUGCUUCAGAAAUUUUGUCACACGAUGUCGAAGAAAGGAACUUUAACUUGACUUCUGUUAUGAUUGGUAAUGGAUUAACAGAUCCUUUGACUCAAUAUAAAUUUUAUGAACCAAUGGCAUGCGGUAAAGGUGGUGAACCUGCUGUGUUAUCCCCACAAGAAUGUGAUGCAAUGACUGACUCUUUGGACCGUUGUUUGUCAUUAAUUGAUUCAUGUUAUAAGUCUGAAUCUGUUUGGUCAUGUGUUCCUGCUUCUAUCUAUUGUAACAAUGCUCAAUUGGCUCCAUACCAACGUACUGGCAGAAACGUUUAUGAUAUUAGAAAAGAUUGUGAAGGUGGUAAUCUAUGUUACCCAGGAUUACAAAAUAUUGAUGAUUAUUUGAAUUUAGAUUAUGUUCAAGAAGCCAUCGGUGCAGAAGUUGAUCAUUUUGAAUCGUGUAAUUUCGAUAUUAACCGUAACUUCUUAUUCAAUGGUGAUUGGAUGAAACCAUACCACAAAGCGGUUACUGGAAUUUUGAACCAAGGUUUACCAGUAUUGGUUUAUGCUGGUGAUAAAGAUUUUAUUUGUAAUUGGUUAGGUAACAGGGCAUGGACUGAUGUUUUGCCAUGGAAAGAUUCUGAAGAAUUUGCAAAACAACCAGUACGUAACUGGACUGCUUCUAUUACAGAUGAAGUCGCUGGUGAAGUUAAGAAUUUCGGCAACUUAACCUAUCUAAGAGUCUUCAAUGGUGGACAUAUGGUCCCCUAUGACGUUCCAAGAAAUGCCUUAAGUAUGUUGACUGAAUGGGUAUCUGGUAAUUUUACACUAUGA